AACACUUCUUUGUGAAAGGGCAGGGGGACACAGAGAGAGUAAGAGAGGGAUGUAAGGAAUGAGGAAGAGAGACAAAUGGCAUAAAGGGGGACAUUGUAAAUCGAGAUCUUGCAAAUUCACUCUGACUGACUCAUUGGACAGUUUUGUUUAUCAACGCAGCACCGAGAGCCAAAGUAAAGGAGAGACAGCGAGGUGAUAAGACACAGGAGAGAGAGAGCUUGAUCACUGCCUGGGAUACACAGAUACUGAACACGGUGAACUGGAUGGUGCUGUAGACAUCACUCAAGGGAGGUGGACUUCAAUACGUAGGAAGUCAAACCAAUCAUGGAUGAAGUAUUAGUUAACUCGAAGGAUUCCGGGAGUGACCAUGGAGCCAACCAGACGGAUAACAACAAUAACGAUCAGACAGAGGGUGAAGUUCCAGUCCAGGAGAGGGCCAAUCCUGACAGAGCGUCCGUGUCGGAGGACACGGAGGGAGGGGAUUCUGGGCAGGGGGCGGAGGCCGGUGGAGAGACAGUAACGGAGGAAGGCCCGGAGCCUGGUCAUGGAGAUCCAGAGGAGCGUGAAUCUGAAGAGGGGCGUGAAGCCGACGGUGGCCAGGCUCGGAGAGAUGCGGAGGAGGAGGAGGGGGCAAACCCUGAUGCCGACACAUCGGAGACACACGGUCCCAAAACGCUGAUUGGAAAUAGAGUGGGGAAGGGAGAGGAGGAGAGGGAGGACAAGAAUAGCAAAGGGCAAGAGGUGGUCGCGACAGCCGAGAUUGACAAAGAGGGAGCGGACGGGGAAGAGGCGCCUAAAGAUGGGGGAGACGAUACUCCACGGAGAAAAGGCGAGGAGGAGGAGAAGGAGACAGCGCAGCCGGGGAAGACCGAGGGGGCGAAGGGAUCGGACCCCAAGAACAAGCAGGUCAAAGAGAAGGGGAAGAUCAAGGAGGGAGAGAAGCAAGGGAAGGCCAAAAGAAAAAGCGGGCCGUGUUCUUCCCCUGCCGCUCCGGCCUCAGCGCCCGUCUCGCUGUCCCGACCCCGCGCCUCGGCCCGCUCCGUCCGGCCGUCCACCAAGAAGGACAUCAUAGCCAAGUUCCAGCAAGGAGCACCUGAGACGCCAAUUCCUCGUAACUUCAAACUGCAGAAGUCGGCUGCGGCGGUGGCAGGCGGGGCGUCGAUAAAACAGAAGAUCCUUCAGUGGUGUCACAACAAAACACGCAACUACGAGGGUGUAUCCAUAGAGAACUUUUCAUCGUCAUGGUGUGACGGGCUGGCGUUCUGUGCCCUGGUGCAUCGCUUCUUCCCGGAUGCCUUUGAUUUCUCCACCCUGAAGGCAGAAGAGAGAGAGAAGAACUUUACCUUGGCCUUCAAGACAGCAGAGUCCAUGGCUGACUGCUGCCCCCUGCUGGAGGUGGCUGAUAUGAUCCUGAUGGGGAACAGGCCAGACCCUCUGUGCGUGUUUACCUACGUCCAGGCCCUGUGUCAUCACCUCUCCAAAAUAGAGAAGGAGAGGAGGGACAAGGAGGAGGAGAAAAAGACUGCAAACGACGGAGGGGAGGAAUGUGGAAGGGCAACGGAUGGCGAGGAAAUGUCCACUGAAAAGAAAGAGGGAGAAGUAGGGGAGAAUGGGAAGACCGGGGGCCAGGAAAUAGAGGACAAACCGGACAAAGAGUUUAUUGGGGACCAGAAAAAUGAUGAGGGAAGCUCAGCAGUGAAGGUAGACGAAGAGGAUGAGAAGAAAGAUAGCCGACAGUUAGUUGGUGCACAGGCUUAGAACAACUAAGACAGAGCAAUUCAAAAGACCA